CUACAAAGUAUUAUCUCAAAAUAAACAUUGCAGAUAUUCUAGCCAUUUAAAUAAACGCAAAGUUGUCAAUACACGAUCCGGCUUCCAAUAUCGAAUUCUCUCGCGUAGCUUGCUUAUCAUUGGAAUUUAUGCAUUUUCAAUAAAACCCUCUGGUAAACGAGCUGGACAUAAAAAUUGAUAUGAAAUUAUUUUUGCUACGAGUCACACUGCAAUUUUGUAACCUGUAAUGCAUAUUCUACUUUUAAUAUUUUUUUGUGUAUUGUACGUAUCUUUUGCGAAAGAUGAAAAUUCCGCUAGCGUUAGCGACUUCGGGGCGGGAUUAAUAUCUUCUUUGAGAAAUGACGCUAACCUAGAUCUCCCAGUGGACGAGGAGUAUGAGGAUCUUCGAGCUCAGCUUUUCGCCUACCACAGCGCUCUUGCUUCGCUUGCACCAUCUCGACGAUCCAUGCUCACUACGCAGUGCUGGCGUCGCGGUGGUAUAUGUAUCAGUUACAAACUGUGCCCUGGAUACAGACAGCUUACGGAAAUCCCCGGCUGCAAGAACAGACAUAAUGUAUGCUGUUUUGUAUGGAACCAGUACGACAUACGUGACUUGAAAGAUCACGGGAUUGACAACUUAGCCUUCCCUUGGAAAAACAACAUGGAAUAUGGUGGCCAAGGCGUUCAGCAGCUUACAACUACGCGUAAACCUAGAAGGAAAAAGAAAGUCACUGGAAACAUUUAUUAAAAGAAAUUAAUUCUAAUUCAAGCAAUUACAAUCCGGGUAUCCUUAAAUCAAGGGUGUGGGGUGAAUAGACACCUUCUAAGCUAACUGGUCCCAUCUUAGGCCACAUCACCAGUACCCAAAAGGCGUGAUUGUGGUCAAGCGUGUGCACAUAAUGAAUAAAGUAAACAGGAGAAACCCGAAGAAUUAUAUAAAAAACCUAAAAAUCAAAUCGUUUCAAAAGAAGGUUUUGCCACAUGAGAAAGAUGGUAGGUGCUAUAUAGUUUUGCUGUCCGUUAUCGAUGAAAAAAGAUGCGUUUAAACGCACUGAUUGUAUUUGGCCUGAGCUCUGAGAACAAUCAACAUACGAUUUCGAUCCUAAGCGUAAAAUUUGUGUAUGCAUAGUUGAACCGUAAUCAUUGAUUUCACAGUGAACUUUCAGCGAAAACUAAUAAACUUGGAGUGCAAUCACAGCCCUCGCCGAACCGC